AUGUCCGCCAUCGCCCGGGGCCCACGAGCCCUCCAAGUUCAAUUGCGACCACUGGCCUACUUUCCCAUUUCAUGCCAUUUCUGCGCCGUUUCUUCCCAGCUCUUCUCAACCUCCGCACCCACACGCCAGUCCCGCCGACAUGCCCCUUCGUCAGUCCCCUCGACUUCUAUAAAUUCAAAGUUAAAGUCCCUCCGCCAUGAAAUCAAUCCUCCCAAAAGUACUCUCCCGGCGGAUCUAGACCUCCCGCCGCCUUCGUCAACCACGGCAACCAGCUCCGACAAGCUCAAACGCUACGUCGCGCUCGGCCGUGCAUACCUCGCCUUCUAUAAAACCGGCCUGAAAAAUGUCUUUGGCAACUACCGCGCCUCUAUUCCUCUCCGAAAGGAGCUGGGCUUGCCAGCCUUUCUUCCCAUCUCGCCACCACGUCGGGCAUCAGCACCCACUUCUCCGUCCUCGAGUUCCCUGUCAGCAGGGACAUCAGCACCAAUCGGGCUAAGCCGAGCACAAUUCCAACUCGUACGCCGCUCGGCCCGCGAUGUCCGUCGCAUGAUCCCCUUCACAGUGAUUCUGAUCGUUUGCGGGGAAUUCACACCGCUGAUAGUCCCGAUCGUCGGCGCCGCAAUCACCCCGGCGACCUGCCGCAUUCCGUCGCAAGUAGCCAAGGAGCGCGCCACCGCCGCCACGAGAAAGUCCGCCGCGCUGACGGCACACGCCACAGCCGUCGAUGGGUCCCUGACUCCCGCCCCGGCGGGCAGCGACGACGAACUCCGUCUGCUGGCCACCCGGCUGGCGAACCCCGGCUGGGCCGCGACGGCCGAGUCCGCAGCCGUGCAGCGCGCGUGCGCGGUCUUUGGCCUGGUUAAGCACCAUAACCAGCGCGCCGGGUCGCUUCUGGUGGCGCCGGUGUAUCGGUCUCGCCUUGUCCGGCAUCUGGAGUACCUGGCUCUUGACGACGGCAUGAUCCGCGCCGAGGGCGGCGUGUCGGCGCUGGAUGCGGUUGAGGUGCGCAUUGCUGUGGAAGAGCGCGGUGGUGUCGAUGUUGCGGCCGGCGCGAGGGAUUCGGCCCGCGCUGAAGAGCUGGACAGGCUCUGGUUGGAGCGCUGGUUGACCAUCCGUGAGAAUGAGACGGCCCAAACCGUCUAG